AGUGUUACACUGGCACAUCUUUUUCCUUCAGUUUCUUUUUUUCUACCUUUAUUUAUUUUUUAUUUAAAUAUUAAUGCUUUAAUAUAUUCCCUUUUAUAUACUCUCGCUGCACUUUACUUUGUUCUGAAUUCUUCUUCUUUUUUCCUCUCUCAGUAGUAGUUAUCUUCCUUAAUCACUUUGUCAGAACAACAACAAGCUUUAGCAUCAACAAUGGCCGACAUUACUCAUCCACCUAUGGAACAACUUCAAGACCUUGAAUACUGCAUAGACUCUAAUCCUCCAUGGGCUGAAACUAUCUUAUUAGCUUUUCAAAAUUACAUUUUGAUGCUUGGCACAAGUGUGAUGAUACCUUCAUUGCUCGUUCCGGCUAUGGGAGGAAGUUCUGGUGACAAGGCAAGGGUAAUACAGACCCUUCUUUUUGUAGCCGGCAUUAACACACUUCUCCAAGCACUUUUUGGAACAAGAUUGCCUGCGGUAGUUGGAGGCUCAUUUGCAUAUGUAAUUCCAGUUGCUUAUAUUAUCGGUGACUCUUCAUUGCAACGAAUUAAUGAUCCUCACGAAAGAUUUAUACAUACAAUGCGAGCUAUACAAGGAGCUUUAAUUGUAGCUUCAAGUAUUCAGAUAGUCCUCGGUUACAGCCAAGUCUGGGGUCUUUUUUCAAGAUUUUUCAGUCCUCUUGGCAUGGCACCUGUAGUUGGAUUGGUUGGACUAGGAUUAAUUCAUCGAGGAUUUCCCACGUUAGGGAACUGUGUAGAAAUUGGUAUACCGAUGCUGUUGUUGGUCAUUGGAUUGUCACAAUAUCUAAAGCAUGUGAGACCAUUUAGAGACAUUCCUAUCUUUGAACGUUUCCCGGUUUUGAUUUGUGUUGCAAUUGUUUGGAUCUAUUCUGUCAUCUUGACUGCCAGUGGAGCUUACAGUCAUAGACCUUCUAUAACACAACAUAAUUGUCGUACGGACCGAGCUAAUCUGAUAUCUACUGCCCCAUGGUACCUCAAAAUAACAAUUUUAUUUCUCCUGAUUCGUUUCAUACUUACGGUGAUUACUAAGGUUUCUUUUCAUGGUUAUAGGUUCAUGUUCCCGUACCCUUUACAGUGGGGUCCGCCCACAUUUUCUGCUGGUCAUUCAUUUGCUAUGAUGUCUGCAGUUCUUGUCUCAAUGGUGGAGUCAACUGGUGCGUAUAAGGCAGCAUCUCGGCUGGCGAUUGCCACUCCACCUCCUGCUUAUGUGUUGAGUCGAGGCAUUGGUUGGCAGGGGAUUGGUAUCUUGCUUGAUGGUCUUUAUGGAACGGGGACUGGUUCCACUGUUUCUGUGGAAAAUGUGGGACUUCUUGGCCUGACUCGAGUUGGAAGUCGCAGAGUUGUUCAGAUUUCUGCUGGUUUUAUGAUAUUCUUCUCUACUUUAGGAAAGUUUGGAGCUGUAUUUGCAUCUAUACCCUUCCCGAUAUUUGCUGCAUUGUACUGCGUUCUAUUUGGUCUUGUUGGUGCAGUUGGAAUAUCAUUUCUUCAGUUUACAAACAUGAACUCUAUGAGAAAUCUUAUCAUCAUUGGUCUCUCAUUGUUCCUUGGAAUAUCUGUUCCCCAAUUUUUCAAUGAAUACUGGACUUCUUCACACCAUGGCCCUGUUCAUACUGACGCCGGAUGGUUCAAUGCAUUUUUAAAUACAAUAUUCUCGUCACCAGCAACAGUAGGAUUGAUUGUAGCAGUCAUCCUCGACAACACUCUUGAAGUUGAAAAGUCGAAGAAAGAUCGUGGGAUGCCAUGGUGGGUGAAGUUUAGAACAUUUAGAGGUGAUAAUAGAAAUGAAGAAUUUUAUACUUUGCCGUUCAAUCUUAACAGGUUCUUCCCACCUACAUGAUGAUCUAGAGAAAGUGAAGAAGAGAGUAGAAUAGAUUUUAUUUUGGAUCUACACAUUCCAGAAUUUCAUGACUAACAAAUGCUAUUAUUCCUUUAACAUGACCCAAUUUUUUUUUGUGGACCAUAUAAAUUUUGGUCCAACAGAGGAUUGUAAAAGCAUUUGGAACCAUGCUUUUGUAGAUUUCAAUAAAAUAAAAAUUU